AUGGAGCUGAAGCUGGUCGUUUGUGGCUUCGUGCUGCUGGUUUUAACAGGAAGCAAUGCACAGUCAGAUGUUUCUCCUGCAGUUUGUGGCUUGGCGCCCCUCAACACCCGGAUCGUCGGAGGUGAGAGCGCCUCAGCCGGCACGUGGCCGUGGCAGGCCAGCCUGCACAACACGAACGGACACUUCUGCGGCGGCUCCCUGGUCAACAGCCAAUGGGUGCUGACCGCCGCGCACUGUUUCUCCAGCACCAGUACUUUCGGUCUCACCGUGUACCUCGGACGGGACACCCAGCAGCUCCUGAACUUGAACGAGCAGUCCCGGUCCGUGACUCGGGUCAUCAGACAUCCGGACUACAACUCCCUGAACAGCGACAACGACAUGGCCCUGCUGCUUCUGUCCUCACUCGUUGACUUCACCGACUACAUCAGACCGGUGUGUCUGGCGUCCAACGAGAGCGUGUUCACAGCCGGGACGUCCAGCUGGGUCACCGGAUGGGGAACCAUUGGAAGUGACGAGCCCCUCCCGUUCCCUCAGCGGCUGCAGGAAGUCACGGUCCCCCUCGUGUCCAACAGUCAGUGUGACGCCGCCUAUGGCAUCAUCACAGAUAACAUGAUCUGUGCCGGCCUGGACGAGGGCGGCAAGGACUCCUGUCAGGGAGACUCCGGCGGCCCGUUGGUGAGUAAGAACGGGUCCGUGUGGGUCCAGGCCGGCGUGGUGAGCUUCGGUCGGGGCUGCGCUCUGGCAGACUUCCCCGGAGUCUACGCCCGGGUCUCCAAGUACCAGAGCUGGAUCAAGAGCACGGUCACCGGGGCCCAGCCGGGCUUCGUCGCCUUCGAGGGCGACGGGUCCACAUCCGGGACCCCCGGGCUGGUCUCCCUCUCGGCCCCACUCCUACUGUCCCUCCUACCCGUCCUCUUCUCCCUGUUGGUGCUCUCAUAGUGAAGAUUAAAGAUCUAGUAAAGUGUCAGAACCGAAU